CGGCCCAAGAAAACCGGCCCAGGAGAGGCCCCGUGGUCACGCAUCAGGCCUGCUGCUUGUCUCGUUCACUCCUGCGUGAUCUCUCUCCCUUCCGGCGACGCCUGGGCCACCGCCGCGGCCGCCCUACGCCAGGUGCCCAGGUUCUCGUCCGGCUCUUCGCCGGCGAUGAGCACCCACCAGGCCAAUACGCUGCGGUUGUACCUCACCUGCAUCCGGAACACUCUGGAGGCGGCGAUGUGCCUCCAGAAUUUCCCUUGCCAAGAAGUCGAGAGGCACAACAAACCGGAGGUGGAGCUCAAGACAAGCCCUGAACUUCUGCUGAAUCCGGUACUGAUAUGCCGCAACGAAGCAGAAAAAUGCUUGAUAGAGACUUCAAUCAACUCCAUACGAAUAAGCAUGAAGGUUAAGCAGGCAGAUGAAUUGGAGAACAUUCUUGCCAAGAAGUUCCUUAGGUUUUUGUCAAUGAGGGCAGAGGCAUUCCAAGUGUUGAGGAGAAAACCGGUUCAGGUUUCCAACUUAACGUUGAUUACCUUGAGCAGUGUUUUAUGUACUAAACAUGAACUACCUGGCUAUGAUAUCAGUUUCCUGAUAACAAACUACCAUUGUGAGGACAUGCAUAAGCACAAGCUCAUAGAUUUCAUCGUGCAAUUUAUGGAGGAUAUUGACAAGGAGAUCAGCGAGCUGAAGCUGUCAGUAAACACUCGUGGCCGGCUAGUGGCCACUGAAUUCUUGAAGCAGUUCUUAUGACUCGGCCAUGGCCGUAGUCAGUGUUGAUUAUCAUGGCCUGCAACUAAGCUGCCGUUCUGCAACAGCUUUAAGUUUUUUUUUAUACGACAGCUCUUGUAAAUGCCUUGCCAAAGAUGCAUUCGUGGCCCUGGGCCACCUGAUUAACAGCUGACAAUUGCAGUAUCAGGACGCACAUAGCGCUCUGAGAUUGUUCAUGUGAUCAAUUCCUGUGUUUUUUAAUUAUUCUUUCAUUUGCAAGGCCUUCAUUGUUUUU